AUGACACCGGUGAUGCACGCAGCAAAAGCGGGACAUAGAGAAGUGUUUGACCUACUUGUCAGGGAAGGUGCCAACCUGUCUUUAGUGGAUCAUCGAAACCGGAACAUUCUCUUUUUCGCUUGUUUUGGGGGAAAUGUUGAAAUCGUCAGGUAUGUCCUCGAACAGAAUAUUGCAAGCAUCAACAGCCGAGAUAUGGAUAGGCAGACGCCAGCAAUGAAUGCAGCGUUAUACAAAAGACAAGACGUGUUUUAUUUACUGGUGGAGGCAGGAGCAGAUCUGUUACUGGUGGAUGAUUUCAAACAAACCGUCCUUCAUGUGGCCUGUCAAGGGGGUAAUGUUGAGAUAGUCAAGGCUAUCCUCACACACCACACUGUGGACAUCAACAGUCGUGCAAUGAGCGGCUGGACACCCGUAAUGUAUGCAGUAAGUGAUGGACAAAAGGAUGUGUUUGAUGUUCUUGUGGAGGAAGGGGCAGAUCUGUCACAAGUGAGUAAUGACAAAGAAAGCAUCCUUCAUAUGGCCUGUGGAGGGGGUAAUGUUGAGAUAGUAAAGUAUCUCCUGACACUUUCAGUUCUGGACAUUGACAAUCGAGACAUCUACGGCCGGACACCAGUAAUGCAUGCAGUAAGUAAGGGACGUAAGGGUGCGUUUGACGUUCUUGUGGAAGCAGGAGCAGAUCUGUCACUAAUUACUAAUGGCGCAGAAACCCUCCUUCAUUCGGCCUGUAAAGGGGGUAAUGUUGGGAUACUCCAGUACCUCCUGAAACAUGGCGUUGUGGACAUCGACAGUCAAGAUGUGGAUGGAUGGACACCAGUAAUGCAUGCAGUCAAUGCUGGGCAUAAAGAUGCUUUAGCCUUUCUUGUUGAACAAGGUGCAGAUCUGUUAUUAGUGAAUAAUGCCAAAGAAACCAUCCUUCAUGUGGUCUGUGAUAGUGGAUCUGUUGAAAUAAUCAAGUACCUCCUGAAACUUGGCAUUGUGGACAUAGACAGUCGAGAUAUCAACGGAUGGACACCAGUGAUGCGUGCAGCCAGUGUUGGACAAAAAGAUGUGUUUGACGUUCUUGUGGAAGCAGGAGCAGAUCUGUCACAAGUGGGCAAUAAGAAAGAAACCAUCCUUCAUGUGUCUUGUAAAAGAAACACUGUUGAGAUAAUCAAGUACCUCCUGACACAUGAAAUUGUCGACAUCGACAGUCGGGAUAUCAACGGUUGGACACCAGCAAUGUUUGCAGCCAGUGAAGGACGUAAAGAUGUGUUUGACGUUCUUGUGGAGGCAGGAGCAGAUCUGUCACUAGUGAGUACUUACAAUGAAACCAUACUUCAUGUAUCCUGUGAAAACGGAAAUGUUGAGAUAAUCAAGUAUCUCUUGAAACAUGCUAUUGUCGACAUCGACAGUCGGAAUAUGGACGGUUGGACACCAAUAAUGCAAGCAACCUGUGAAGGACAUAAAGAUGUGUUUGACGUUCUUGUGAAAGGGGGAGCUGAUCUGUCACUGCUGGAUGAAAACAAUGCCAACAUCCUUCAUCUGGCUUGUUGUCACGACAGUAUCGAGAUAAUCAAGCAGCUCCUGACAGACAAACUUGUGGAUAUUAACAGUCGAGAUGGGGACGACUGCACGGCAGCAAUGAUUGCAGCACGUCGCGGAGAUGAGGCUAUCUUUAACUUACUUGUUGAGAAUGAGGCAGAUCUAACAAUUACAAAUGAUGCUGGUGAUAACAUCCUAAAUAUGGCGUGUGACGGGGAAAAUGUACAGAUAGUGAAGUAUGUUUCCACACGACACAUUGUUGAGGGGCCAUACAGGGAAGACGAUCCAUGUUGA